AUGCAGUAUUCCUAAACUCCAUCCUAAACUCCCGUGCAAGGGAACUGUUGAACAGCUGCUUUGCUCCACUUCAGAGGCAGCUGCUUGGCUGUGCUUGGAAGAAACCUCUAAAAAAAACCAGGUGUCCUCCCCAGCUUCAGUGCUGGCCUCUGUGCAGUGAUCAGUGAGUGGCCCCUGUACAACCAGCAGAGAUGCCUCACCCCAGAUGUAGCUAUAUUGCAGUGGUGGAUAUGUGAUGCUGCAGAGCAGCUAUUGAAGAGGGAACAUGCCCCACCCCAGAGGUGGCUGCAUUGCAGGACAGUUGGGAAAUCACCCAGAAGCAGUCUUACCUAGCUGGUACAUGGAUCUCUCUGUAAACAGUUUCUGUACCUACCCCAGGGGAGGCCUUAUUGCCAGGGUGGGUGACGGCCCCCUGUGUGGUGGGGCAGUGUGGCUGCUGGACUGGUGCUGACCCCACCGUAGAAGUGGCUGCAUCUCGGGCCAAGUGUGGGGCCCAUUCAUGAGGCAGCCAUGUCUCAGUGCCAGUCCAGGGCCCUUUUUCCAGCUGUGGUCUCUGCUGUUCUAGAUCUCCCCCAGGGCCAGAAGGCUGGUGCCAUGGAGAGCCAGGGAGCAGGGCUGGCCAAGCGCCUGGCCACGCUGCUUUCAGGGCUCAUGGAAUGCAUGUGUUUUGCGGGCGUCAUCUUCGGCUGGGCUUCUCUGGUCUACGUGCUCAAGGGCCUGGACUACUUCGAGGACCUUUGCAAACCUGUUGCUAACAUGACUGUCAACACCACACAUGAGACAGGCUGCAGCGAGCAGGAUGAACAGUUCUCACUCAUCUUCACCAUUGGCUCCUUCAUGAACAAUUUCAUGACCUUCCCCACGGGAUGCAUCUUUGACCGCUUCGGCACUCUUGCAGCCCGACUGCUGGCUAUAUUUCUGUACACUGGGGGUACCCUGCUCAUCUCCUUCUCCACAGCAGCCACGGCACUGAUGCUCUUCCCCGCCAUGUCGCUGCUGUCUAUCGGAGGGAUUCUCCUUAUCCUCACCAACAUGCAGGUGGGGAACCUGUUUGGGAAGCACCGCUCAACUAUUAUCACUUUGUACAAUGGGGCAUUCGACUCCUCCUCUGCUGUGUUCCUCAUCAUCAAGCUGUUGUAUGAGAAGGGCCUGACCCUGAGGGACAUGUUCCUCUUCAUCACUGCCUGCAGUGCCUGGCACCUGAUCCGCACCUUCUUUCUGAUGCCUAAGCAGCACAUCCCCUACCCACUGCCUCCAGGAUACAGUUAUGGUAUGACCUGUAGGAAAUCUCAGUCCUACCACACCUAUGAGGAGAAGCAGCCAGCCCACAGAGGCGGAAGCAAUGACCUGCAGUCGGAGCCUGUUCUUGCAGAGGCUGACCGCAGCCCCAACGACUUCCUGAGCAAAGGUCACAAGGAGCCUCCUGUCCGGUCCUUCCAGUCCUGUGUCAUCUCCAAGCUCUUUUUCUGGCACCUGGUGUGGCUAUCAGUGAUACAGCUGCGGCACUAUUUCUUCAUUGGCACCCUGAACCCCAUGCUGGAGCACCUGACUGAGAAAAACACUGCACUGGUGAGCACGUACACCAAUGCCUUUGCCUUCACUCAGCUCUGUGGGGUUCUAUGCGCCCCCUGGAAUGGCCUCAUCUUGGAUCGGCACAAGCGCAGGAGGGGCAAGGAUGGCAGCACCCACGGUGCCUCAGACUCCCUGGCUGACCUGCGCUCCUGCGUGCUGUCGCUGGCAGUGACGGUGGUGCAGAGUGUGGGGUUCUCAGUGUGUGCUACCGUGCCUGUGCUGCCUGUGCAGUACGCCACCUUUAUCCUGCAGGUGCUGAGUCGUUCCUUCCUCUAUGGAGGCAAUGCUGCAUUUCUGGCCAUUGCCUUCCCCCUGGAGCACUUUGGGAAGCUGUAUGGGCUUGUGAUGGGUCUGUCAGCUUUGGUAUCGCUCCUGCAGUAUCCCUGCUUUGCACUCGUCAAGGGACCCCUCAAUGGAAACCCUUUCUAUGUGAACAUUGGCCUCACCGUCAUCAUCCUCCUGGGCUUCGUCAACCCCUUGAUGGUGUUUUGGGAAUGCCAGCGUAGGGAGAAGGAACGAGCCAUGGAAGGGUUCAAUUCCUUGUCCUCAUCACCAAAGAAGGCUGAUGUUGAGUCUCCCAUCUGAAACCACAGGGCUGUUUGGGGACUGCUUUCCAUGAAAAACGGAAGGAAAAAAGGGAAUUUCAGGGUGCUCCAGCCCCCAGCACCUCUUCAUCUGUGUUUGCCCAACUCAGAAUGUUUACUACCAUCUCAAGCCAUUCUCAGACUCAUUUAAAAAGAGGAGUAUUACAGAGCUAUUUAUUUUUACAGAUACUUAAUUUUAUAGUUAUUUUUAUAGCCCUGUUGGUCUGAGUCCUUUAUCUCCCUUUUCCCUGUUCUCAUACAGGACAAUUAGGAAGAAGCACUAACUGUAUUUACAUGUAUUGUUCUACUUGAGUACAGUUCUAUAGUUGGGUGUGUUCAUAAUAAUUAUGGAGGUAAAAGCGCUAGCUAGCUCCUUCCUAAUUGAAACCCAAUAAAUACUAAUGGAGAGAUCCCAAUA